CCCCCUCCCACUCCUCUCAGCGCGCCGGUCCCAGGCCUGCCGCGCUUGCCUUGCGUCUGCUCGUCUCGCGCGCGCCGUCUGUUGCCGCGCUGCACCGGCACGCAGCCUGCCGCGCCCGACGCAGGCCGCGGCGCCAGGGCCUCUGCGCCUGCUAGCCGCACUGCCGGCGCUCCGCUCUCGACUGCGCUGCCCUCGCACCCUGCAGCGACAAUGGCCGAGGCUGCCGAGGCCUCGACGUCCGCCUCGCCGCACUACCUGCACCACGGCGCCGGCGCCGGCGGCUCGGCCGUGCCGCGCCGCGCGCUCAAGAUCGUGCUCAUUGGCCAGGCCGGCGUCGGCAAGACGGCACUGCGGGAGCAGUGGUUCUCGCGCCGCUUCUCGACGGCAUAUCGCGCGACGAUUGGCGCAGACUUCAUCACCCGCACCGUCGAGCGGCCGCCGCCGCCGCCGCGCACACAGCGCGCAGCGGGCGGCAAAGUGAGCAUCGCCGUAUGGGAUACGGCAGGGCAGGAGCGCUUCCGCUCGCUCGGGCGUGCCUUCUAUCGCGGCGCGGACGCGCUCGUCCUGGCGUACGACGCUGCCGACCCGGCGUCGCUCGAGACGACGCGCUCGUGGUACCUCGACUUCUGCGAUGCGACCGGGCGCGAGCCAGACGCGAUCGACGAUGUCGUGCUGGCGGCCGUCGGCUGCAAGUCGGAUCUGCUCUCCGCCGCCGACAAGGCGUCGGCACACCAGGCUGCACAAGCCUUCUUUGCCAAGCUCGGGCCCUCUGUCGACGCGGCUGAGCAGCUGCCAGAUGCUGUUGCGGAGACAGGUGCAGAGGAGGUGCAGGCAUACAGCCUUCCCGGCGAGCCAGACGCGCGGCCGAAGUCGGCCGUCAGUGCUGCCGUCUCCGCCACGUCCGGCGGCGAGACGGUGCGCGGCGUAGCAUCGCCCGUCUCCGGCCUGCCCCUCACUGCCUCGCCGCCGCCGACCUCCUUCUCUGCCUCGGUGGACUCGCCGUCGACGCCAAGGCCGGUGAUCAAGCCUUCUUCUCCCGCCCGGGACAAGUCGCACCUGGCGCAGCCCGAGGCAAAUGCGUCGCCGUCGCUCCGACCACGGCAGUCGCUGCAGUCCAUCUCACUGGUGCACCCGCCUGCGCCAUCUGUGCGCAAGCGCCUGCCGUCUGCCAACAGCGACGCCAGCGGCGCGGCAAAGUCGGUGCCUCGCUCCACAUCACGCCUCUCCUUCGCGCCCAGCACGCCGCCGCAGCGGCACGGCGGCGACGCCACGCUGCGGCCUCGCGGGCGCUACGACAGCUCCGUCAGCGCGCACAGCACGGGCGCGAGCGUGUACCACACGCCGCGCAGCAGCACGCUCUACACUUCGGGGCCCGAGAGCGGGCCGGAAAGCGAUGCCGACGAUGACGCGGACGAGCAGACGGAGGGCGCACGCACGCCGACGAAGAUGAACGGCGCGCCUGUCGAUGCUGGCGUUCUCAAGCAAGAGCUCCGCAUUGUCGAUGCGCAACCCAGCCAGCCAUCGGAUGCGCCAAGCUCUUUGAACGGCCACGCAGCCAACGUCGCAGGUGCAACGUCCAAUACCGAGCCAGUACCCUUUCCCUCGGCCGGCUCUCAUUCUUCCGCAAAGUCUAGCCGCCGCCCGAGUCACUCAUCCGACGAUCGCUUUUCGGACGUGUCUCCGGCCGGCUCUCCUCCAGCUACUGCCCGCCGGCGGUCGCUGAAGCAGGACACCGAGACGGCGGCUGAGGCGACGGCUCGCAAGGCGCGCGCACGGCAAACGCUCUAUGAGGCGUUGCCCGAGUCGAUGGACUCCAGCCUGCGCGUGCCCGGCGCAGCGAAGGGCAAGCGGCGAGCCUCGCGCGGUCCGUCCUCGCGCAUCGUCAGCGCCGAGAGCGGAGCAGGCGUCAGCACGCUCUCAGUAGCCUCGGAGCCGGACUACGACGCGGCCACAGACGAUGACGAGGAGCCACCGCCACCACCAGCUGGCUUCUCGCAUCACCUGACGAGCUCGAGAGCGGGCCACGGCGUCGAGGACCUCUUCGACAGCAUUCUCGAGCGCGUCGCUGCGCGCUGGGAGCUCGAGGAGUGGAACGAGCGGCUCGAGCGGCGCGCCGCCGAGGACGACCGCAACGCUCCGCGGGGGCCGUGGUGGAAGCGCGGCGGCGGCGAGCGCGUGCUCAGCGAGCAGGAGCGCGAGCGCGAGCAGGUGCGCCGCGGCAUCCGCAUCGCUGCCGGCAAGGAGCCGGCUGGCUUGUGGAGCAGCUGCUGCCGCUCGUGA